UGAAGGUUCACUGUUAUGCUUCCUCCCUCACAAAAAAUAUAAAUAUAACUUCUACAUCCAGGACUCAUCUUUUACAUUAGUCUUUUUCAAUACUUUUACACUUUUAUUCAUACUUUGUGGAUUGCGCUGCUCUUGGACAACAGCUGCAUCUGAAAAUCCUAAUAUCUCUCUGGACUUUUUUGUGAGAUUACCUAAUACUUUGAUCACUGGACAUCAACAACUGAAUACAUUGUUCUGACAAAGUUGUCUUCCGUGUGGGACACUGUUUGCCUCUGCCAUGGGGGUAGGGAAUAAGGAGCUACUCAUUCUCGGCUUGUUGUGUAUGCUGGAGAAAUGUUUCCCUGAAUGUUCUAACGGUUACGAAACCAAACAAGGGAAAUGUGUUGAUCUCAAUGAGUGUGAAGACUGGCAAAAUAAGUGUGGGAACCACACAAGCUGCCACAACACCAUUGGCAGUUUCUACUGUCAGUGCUUAAAGGGCUUCGAGAACUCUCUUGGGAAGGUCAACUUCACCGGUGGAGAGUUGACAAGUGGACAGUGCCUAGAUAUGAACGAGUGUAUGAAUAACGAUGAAAUCUGCGGCCGUGCGGGUAAUUGUUCUAAUCUGAUUGGGAGCUACAAGUGCACCUGCGAAUCUGGUUACACCAGCGGCAACAAUGGCACAGAAGUCUGUAGAGACAUAAAUGAAUGUCAAAAAGCUGAAAUUAAUGGAGAGGACAUCUGUGGAGAGAGAGGCUUGUGUAAGAACGAGGAAGGGAGUUAUUGGUGCAAGUGUCAAAAAGGAUACACCAACUACGGCAACAAAAGGACUCCAUGUUCAGAGCUUAACUGUGAUGGCUUCAGGGCUGAUAGUGGACCUACACCGCUGCUCGGAGGCUUGGCAAAUAUUUUGUCCCUGAUGAGAAACAGCUGUUUGGCUCUGUCCAAUCGAAGUGCUGCCAGUGAAGAGAUGGGUGAUGGAGAUGCUCUACUGGCGAAACUUUUUACAGCCACCAAUGCCGUCCUGUCCCCCGGUCGUCAGGACAGAGGUGAGGAUGUGAGCGUGUUGCUCAGCACAGUGGAUAACUCCAUCAUGUUCAUUGGUCCUCAGCUCAAAAAAAACCACACCAAGAUAAACACCACCGAGACAGAUGCAGAGAUUGCUGUUCAAAGGGGAAACACACGACCCAAUGGACUGAUCCAUUUGACCAAUGAGAACGCAACACUCUACACCGACUGGGAAACAGCAUCAGGGACAGGAACAUACCCUGGCUUUGCUUUGGCUGCAUUGCUGAGCUAUAAGAACCUUCACAACUCGGUGAACAGGUCUUUUGAGGAGCUUAAAGGACAAGAAAAAGAUGGCAUGGAUCCGUCCUUCCAGAUCUUCUCUAGAGUUGUGUCUGUUGUGGUCUCUAAUCCCUCCACUCAGAAUCUGAGUCGCUCUGUCAAUAUCACACUCAGACAUUUAGAGAACACAGAGGAGUCCCCUGAGGUGAGGUUCAUCUGUGCUUACUGGAAUGAGAGAGAGGCCUGGUCCACAGAUGGCUGCUAUCAACAGCACUCCAACGCCACACACACUGUGUGUACAUGUGAACAUCUGAGUAGCUUUGCUGUGCUCAUGGCCCUGUAUCCCAUUGAGGAAACGUUUGGGCUCCUGUUGGUGAACAAAAUUAUGCUGAUCAUCUCCAUCGUGUGCCUGUUGCUGGCCAUCCUGACGUUCAUGUUCUGCCGCUCCAUCCAAGGGACACGCACCACCAUCCACCUGCACCUCUGUAUCUGCCUCUUCCUGGCAGACCUCAUCUUCCUGGCCGGCAUUUCACGAACUGAGACUGUGGGCGGUUGCAGGUUUGUUGCAGCGAUGCUCCAUUACUUCUUCUUGGGAGUCUUCACCUGGAUGUUGCUGGAAGGCGUGCAGCUCUACCGAAUGGUGGUCCUGGUGUUCAAUACCACCAUCCGACCCCUGUACCUACUUGUCGCCGGUUAUGGGACGCCCCUUGUCAUCGUCAUCAUAUCUGCCAUUAUUAGACCAAAAGGAUACGGCACUGACAAAUUCUGCUGGCUGUCUCUGGAGGACGGUCUUAUCUGGAGUUUUGUCGGCCCUGUGUGCUUCAUCAUCGGCACCAAUGUCUUCUUCUUCAUCAUCACUGUUUGGAAGCUUGCCAAUAAAUUCAACAGCCUCAACCCGGAUGUCUCUCAGCUAAACAAAAUCAAAGCAUUCACAGUGACAGCUAUAGCCCAGAUGUGUAUACUGGGUCUCAUGUGGGUGUUUGGGACCUUACUGUUCCAAGAUGGCACCAUGCAUUUCAAGAGGGUGGCAGCGUAUAUCUUCAUUAUUCUGAACAGCGUGCAGGGGGCGCUAGUCUUCAUCUUGCACUGCCUACUGUCCAAACAGGUGAGAGAUGAGUACGCACAUUUCCUCUCCUGCAUCUGCAAACCACAGAAGAAGAGAUACUCAGACUUCAGCAGUACCAAUCCCUCCAGCACUCAGUCACAAGGCUCUAAAAGUGGGCAGCACACCAGUGAAUCCCAAAUAUAAAGAGGUCCGUCUUUUAUUCCUCCUCCUAGACCUUGAACGAUUUGGAUCACUUCAAAUAAAAAUUCAGUCAUGACUCAUUCACCUGAAUGUGAGUUUAAACUCUGGUUUGCUGUUGUGUAUUGCAGCAAAAUCAUAUGCUAGACAAAGGUACAGAAAAAAAAAUACACAAUACAGACAGGUGUUAAAUUAAGGAAUAACAAACAUACAGUGUCUUGGUAUUGACAAUGAUUGUGCACUGCACUUGGGAAUCAGUGGGGAGUUUUAUCUGCUCAGGCCUCAUCAAAGAGAAAUUAACAUCAACCCUGCACCAAGGACACACAAGAAAAAUGUUGCUUUAAAUCAGAGACUAUUUUUUAAAGAUGGACGAAGCAUCUCCACUUCCUCCCACUGUCCUGAAAAUUAAGCCAAAAUAUCGGAAAUAUACGGAUAUAAAAGCUGCCAUCUUGUGCAUUGGGAGCCAGAGUUAGCAUCAGGGGAUAGUGGGGUUCUACGCAUGACCAAUCUUGAGUCAGUCUCAGCUGUCAAUCAUGUUGUUUCACCUCAUUUUUAUGGUAUAAAAUUACUAACGAACAAAACUUACAUCAGUGUGAUAGGAACUACCUAAAAUGACAGACACCUUUUUUGAGAAGAAUGUACUUGACGUGUACUCUGGUCCAUGCACCAUCUUCUAACAUGGAAGAGGAAGGAUUUAUUCCUAUUCCUAUAGGCCUAUUCUGCAGCCAGCCACCAGGGGGCAAUCAAGAAAUUUUGGCUUCACUUUUGGGGAGCAGGUGUGUCGUCCAUCUUCAUAUAAAGUCUAUGCUUUAAACAAACAUGUUACUUGCAGAAGUUACAUCCAAACCCACUGAUACAUGUACAUCACUAAUGGUAAAAUUUAAGUAUAUUGAUAAUGACUGAAUUUCUAUUUUGGUGUGAGUUAAUACUUUACAUGUUGUCAUUGUUGCAGCAAGCAAAGAGAAGCUAAAAGUGUUUAUUUGGGAACUCUGUAAGUGAAAGUGGAGAUAUUUUAGUAGCUUAUCAGUUGAACCAGAACAUAUCACUGUUGUAGAAUAAGCUGUAUUACUCAUGGGAGUGGUUAAAAGUGAUAGUGAUGCAGACUAUUUAUUUUCCAAGAGCAGACUAUGAAGUCUACAUUAUGUAGGCUACAAGGCAAUUUGUUUAAAGCAUGAGCAUUCAGUUUUAUAUAAACGUUUGAUGUAAAAAUCUGGACAGGUGGGUGUUUUUGCUCAGGGGGGCUUCACAGAAUAUCUUUGUCUCCAUGUACUGUAUUUAAAAGUAUGCUGUGCCAGUGGUAACAACUGACUGAUGAUGAAAAUUACCCAUGAAGUGCCUCUGACGGCUCCUCCCAUGUGGGCGUCUGCAAGGAUUUUCUGUCUGUUAUUACUUGCUUUAAAACAAAAUAGGUUCUUUUUUAAAAAGGACUUAUGGCUGUUUUUUAAUAAUCUAUCUUGGCUUGCAAAUGAGCUGUGCCUAAUUCCAUCUGUGUAUAUGAAACUUCUUUUAUUCUUGAAAUUGUAAACAAAGUAAUCUUGUCCAAAAUGACUGCUUUGACCAAUCACAAAACAGACCCACCCCUGUGAUAAGCCUGCAGCUUCCUGCAAUCAUAAUGUGAUUAUACAACUUAGCCUGUGCCUCGACACACUGUCAGUGAGUGUAAGGUCUCACAUUCCUGAAAUGAGAACUUCAGCCAUGUUGAUGAAGUCUAAUGGGAGUUGUACAAAUUGUAUUUAAUUGCACUUUAAUUGUACAAAAUGAUCAUCCAGCACACCCUUGAGUCAUCCAGUCCCACUUACAGAACCAGAACUCUUUAAGUUAAGCUUAGUUUUAUUCUACAAAUAUAUAUUUUUUAACUUUUUGAUAGAAAUUGAUUGGAUUAUCUGAAAGACAUUGAUUCUUUUGAUAUUUUGGAUUAAAAUCUCUUUUUAUGUGAUUUGUUUACAUUGAAAUUGUUUCUCCCUUUUGUUUUGAGACCCUAAUGAAUGCCACAUCUGUAUAGAUUGGUUCUCAAGUGUGAGUGCAAAAACUGUGUCUUGACCAAUGACAUGGAUUAUUCAUGCAUUGCGAAAUGUAUUUCUCUGUGAAAAAGCUACCAUGCUGUAUGCAGAAUUUUGUGAAUGUAAGAUUGUUUUUGUUAGAAUUUACUUUAUAUGCUGUAGUUUGGAGGUAUAUGAACCUAUUUUUCUACUUUAUUUUGUUGUACAUUGGUAGUAUUUUCUUUAAAGAACA